AUGAGCUCAAAACAACUGUACGAAAAGACGCGUGAGCAGUCAAUCUCUGACUUUGAAGCGCAAACAAAAGACCUCCAAAAAGAACACCCUGAAAUCGACUUUAAAGCAGUCAUUAUUGAACCAACCAUGAAUCUCAUGUUUGACAUCAAGGAAAAUCUCACUGAAGACGAGCGAAGAAAACAUGAGGAAUACAUCACCCGGAUGCUUCAGAAUACCGGCAAUUUGUCCAAGGCAGAGAAAUACCUCUGGCAGGCUAGAGACUACCUGAGGCCUUACCCUGACACCUCUCUUCUUCACCUUUACAGUGACGUGCAUGCAUUGACCCCUACAGCCCUCCUCAGCAUGAAUUUCAACAACCCCAAUCUCUUCACAGACGUCGACCUAUUGGACGGCUUCAUCAGCGAUGACUUAACCCCCUACAUGUCCGACUCAGCCCCUCCCCCAGACCUAUCAAAUGGAAUCCCCAAUCUUGCUCUAACUCAUCCUGCGCCGCAAAAUCCCUUCACUCCCCUGUCACUACAUGGAUAUACACAGCCGGCGACACCAGCACCGCCUGCAAAGGUCGGCGGGAGAUUCACGAGGGAGUCGGUGCGCAUAUUGAAGAAUUGGCUCGCGACGCAUCAGAACCAUCCGUAUCCGCGCGAACCUGAGCGGCGGAUGCUGCAGGAGGAGACGGGCCUUACAAAGACGCAGAUAUCUAAUUGGUUGGCUAAUGCGAGGCGGCGAGGCAAGAUUCCGUCGAGUGCUUCUUCGCCGAGACAUGGGGAUACGCCUGCUAUGGAUAUACCGCCUAGGCCUGGGACGCCGGCUGUGAGGAAUACGUCUGAUAUGGAUCCUCUACAGCGAUGGGUUGAUUCGCCGCCUGAGGAUGAACCUGCUGCUGUUACUGCAAUUGCGAGAGCUGUAGCAUCUGUGCGACCGCAAUCAGUUAAUUCUCACACGAGUCGCUCAUCACUCGGCCUCAAUGAGCUAUUCAGUCGGGGAAGUUCCCGUCGAAGAAGACGUGCAUACAAAGAAGAGCGAAGAUCACUAGCAGCUCCCCGAAAAGCAUUCCAAUGCACAUUCUGUACCGAGACAUUCCGAGCAAAGCACGAUUGGUCACGACACGAGAAUUCUCUUCAUCUUCCGCUGGAGCGAUGGGUCUGCAGCCCAGAAGGACCCCGUGGCCAAAAAGCCGAUAGUCCCGAGAUUCGCUGUGUUUUCUGCGGUCACGUCGAUCCUGAUGAUGCACACAUUGAGACGCACAAUUACUCAGCGUGCAAGAAUCGACCUGUUCAGGAACGCACGUUUAAUCGCAAGGACCAUCUAAACCAACAUCUGAAACUGGUCCACAAUGCUAAAUUCGCAGAGUGGCCUAUGAGACAGUGGAAGGCUCCUCCGCCUGCAAUUCAUUCCCGAUGCGGUUUUUGUAAUCUUGUGAUGGAAACGUGGAUUGAUCGUGUGCAUCAUCUAGCAGAUCAUUUCAAGACGGGCAAGACUAUGGCUGACUGGAAGGGUGACUGGGGAUUUGAACCGCAUAUUCUUGAACUUGUCGAGAACUCGAUUCCUCCUUCUUAUGAGUUACUCAAAUUAGAGCUUGCGUAUUUCAUGCAGAACCACUUUUACAAACAUGCGCGAAUGCCGACCGGAGACGAAAUGCAGCUCGAAGCGUGUCGAAUCUUAUUUGCAUCGGAACCGCUAUCUCAUGUUGACCUAGUCUGCCCAUCGUGGCUCCGAGACCUGGUGUUUUCCAACGUUGCAAUCUCACAGCAAGCUCAAUUCGGACCGAUGAGAUCAAACGCCGAGAGUCGACUUUCUUCGCUGGAAAUCAGUGGGAAGAAUAAUAUUUUCGAAGGAUGCCCUUUUGAAAUGCAGUUGCAAGAGUUUGUGCAGGCGAAGCAGCUCUUGGGGUUGAGUAUCAGGGAUGAUGAACUGCGAGAAGAAUGCUGCAGAAUUGUCGGUCGAUUAGAGGAGGUUUCGGCAACGCCAUCUGAUUUCAUCGCGAAUUGGCUCAUCAAAAUCAUCCAUCUACCCGGCGAUUGGCUGCUCCCGUUUCGACAACGCACAGGAAUUGAGUUAAUCGGAUUAUCCGAGGGAAUGAACUUGAACGCCAUGAUCCAGGACUACACACGUCUUGAACAGGAACUCGGAGCUUAUCUCGACCUGCAACGCGUCAUUGGGAUUGAACCGCCCGACGACGACCUCCGCCGACAAGCACGUGUUAUAAUUCACGGCUCAGAUUCCAACCUGAAUCAUACAGCAGCAGAUGACGAUUAUUGGCUAGCAGCAUUUCGACAGCGACAUUCCACGACGACAGAAAACCCCGAGGCUUGGAACACGCCACUUCGCCCAGAUCCUCAUCUCCUCGCCGCACGAGGUCUCGUUCUCAAAACAAGUACAGCGUUUCUAAAUGAUCAUAACUACUGGCGAUGGUUUACUCAGGAAUUACGACGUUGGGUAUCUGCGAUAAUGUCGCCCCAUAACCCGGCGAGUCGCGUCCCUUCAGACGAAGAGAUUCAGCAUUACGCGCGAUGGAUCAGCUAUAAUGACGACGACCCAUUCAACCAAACCAUUGCAGAGAACAAAGAUUGGCUCGAGGCGUUUAAACGGGAUGUCGGUAUUACAGAGGCGCUUAACAACGGCCAGAUAUAA